AUGGCUCCUCCGAGGUGGACGACGGCAGCGGAACUUUCAUGGCUGCAAAACGAAGUGCCAACAUACCUUCAGAUGCAGAAAGAAAAGAAAAUAGUUCGAUUCUUCGAACUACUGUACCCAAAAUGGUUCAGUGGUUUCCCCGAACAUUUGAGAGUUUGGCCCAGAGAGCCAAGCAAAAACUUACCUGACGAGGACACCGAGAUCGACGAAUCUGGUCUUGACUUGGCCAAUGAUGAGGUCAACGCUGAGCCGGACCAUGAAAACAGUGUGAGCGACGGGGAAAAACUCUCCCAGUUGGAUGCAGAGCAGACAGAGAAAUUGCGGGAGUGUUUCCGAAACAAUACCAAAGGAAAAACUACACCUGGUGGGACCUCAACUAGCAAAAUCCUAACUACGUUGCUUGGCCAGCGUGCACGAGGCACCCGAGACCUCAAAGAAGUCGAGGUGUACUCGCAAAUUCACUAUGAAUCUAAAGUCAAGCCCUUAGUUUCUGACGACAUCAAGGAAAACAACCUUGUACUACCUGAUCAGAAGCUUCGUGCUAUCCGGCAGCACACGAGCGAAUGUUUUGCAAACGAGUCAGAAGAUGUAAAGGAUGAGGUUCGCGAUGAGACUGUGCAUAUCAAUGCUGCCAGAAAGUUGGGAUCAGUUGUGGCGGGUCAAGAUCGGACAAAAGAGGAAAUUUACCGUGCCAUUCAAGAGCUGCCCAUCGUGCUGGGUCAAAUAUUCGAAGAGCUUUCAACUCUCACGGGUGGAUGGCACUACUCACUUGUUAUGGGUGGGCCUGACCCUUUAUGCGAAGGUGAUAUCAUGACGUUAAGUUAUCACCACGGUAAAUCCUUGGAGGGUUUGAGCUUCAAGACAUCGACACCAAACUUCCACGAACAAUAUUUGUUACCGUUUGAAAAAUACCUGGGUCGCAUCUAUGGUCCUUCUGUGAAGGGAACUUCAGUUCCCGCUUCCGCAUCCAGUUCACCUCCUCCAUCAACUAUCAACCUCGUUUCGCCAUCUGCACCCUGUGCGCCUCCUCCAUUGACGACGGAUUUCAUUUCAACAUCCGCACCCAGUGUGCCUCCUCUAUCAACCAUGGACCUUUUGACAUCUACACCCAGUGUGCCUCCUCUAUCGACCACGGACCUUCCGACAUCUACAUCCAGUGUGCCUCCUCUAUUGACCAUGGACCCUUCGGCAUCCACACCCAGCGCGCCUCCAUGGACCAUGGACCUAAUUUCGCUAGAUGAGCCAUCAGACCAGUCAAGUGCCCGCCUACUUCAAGGGCAGGAGUUCAAUACUUCUGGUCUGGUACUUGAUCCACCCCAAUGGAAUGGAUGGCAAAGUCACCCAGACCCCAACCCAUCUUACAUGUCUUCCAUCGCUCCAGACUCGCCGAUCACUGCUUGGAGAAGGGAAUAUGGGUUCAACGGAAAUGGGACUACGUCUGCCGCACUCCCAAGCGCCAUCAUGCAGCCUCAACUGCCAUUUUCCCCACCACUCACCUUCGUACCAGACAUUCCUGUUGAUCAACAUUCGCUGCCGGCCUCUUUGCCUGAAUCUUUGCUGCCGGUCUCUUUACCUUCACUGCCGGUCUCUUUACCUUCGCUCCCGGUCUCUUUACCUUCGCUGCCGGUCUCUUUGACCAAUCACGCGCUGCCGGUACCUGAACGUGCACUGCCGGUCUCUUUACCGGAACCAGCACUGUCAGUCUCUUUACAGAAACCUGCGCAGCUGGUCUCUUCACCACAACCUGCGCUGCCACUUGAACCUGACCAGGUCAUGUUGGCGCAUAAUUCAAAGCCUUCAACAUCCUCCGAACACACUGUCGCAACCCAAGCUAGGCGCUCAGGACGCUCAGGAUGUCCUUCAACUCGAGCAGAGGAAGCUAACAAAAUUGGUGAUACCAGCUUACAGCAAGUGACGAAGGCGGGACCUAAGAGAAAGCAGAACGCGCCUGCUCGCUGGAAGACUUUGAAAGACGAUUUAGACACGGACGUGAGAUUCACAGCUGAUGUGAUCAAAGAGCGGUUCUCGCCCAAAAAGAAGAGGGUGUCUAAUCAAGCUGAGCGAGGUAUCACGGACUGGACCCUGAAAGAUAUGCCAGACCCCCAGGGGCUUUAUCAGUCUGCUAUCAAACUUUAUGCCCUCGAGGACGUUCCUGUCAUGGUUCCUAAUGUCCGUGACGCCGCGGGGGUGCUCAUGCACCCGUCAGAGUACACUCAGAAAUUCACUGGACCUGUGCCUGUCGUCGUGGAUGUCAAUUUACGACUCUGGACUUUUGGUCCUGACGAGAGGCGUCCGUACGGCUCUCGUGUGUACCAAACGGGACUGAGGUCGAUGAGGCUGCUGCCAACGACCGGUGCUGCCAAGGGCCUCUUCACCAAACCUGCUACCAAAGCUACAGAGGGCAAAGGGAAGCGCAAGGCCGACGGACCAGCGGGACAAGCUUCACCAGCGAAGAGAGGAGCAGGCCAGAGCAAGGCUGCUUGAGACUGCAAGUUUUAUCCACUUGCUUGGAAAUUUGA